AUGGCGAAUUUAACAUUUCAAGUUCCUUUGCAGGGCUUUAAGAGGUCACGGACUGGGAUUUCUGAGUCAUUUAGUCAGGGAGGAGCAGUGGUAAAUCCAUCAACAAGUGAUUAUGCUUCAAGGGAAGUUAAUAGUUCGGCAAUAACUGGCGGAAAUGAUCAGAUUGGGCUUCAGUGGGGUUGGGAUGACGACGAUAGCGAUGUAGGGACGGAUAUUCAGGCACUUCUCCCAGAGUUUGGAGAUUUUGGUGAUUUCUUUGAGAAUGAUGCUUUGCCAUUUGGAGAGCCUCCAGGAACUGCAGAGUCUCAGACUCUUAUGUUUCCUGCCUCAGACAGUGUGGAUGUUGGUAGCAGCCCCUGUCCUUCGAUGAUGGACAUGCAAGAUCAGCUUCUUUUUCCUGUAGUUUUUUCAUCCUUUGAGAGCUUUAAUCAACCACCGCCUCCGGUAAUUCUGGAUGAUUCACUGAGCAAGCAUCAGGAAGUUAUUAGAAGUGCUGCAGUUGCUAAUCAAGUAAACAGUACUUGUGCAACUAUUGCUGGUGAAUUUGAUCACUUAAUUAAAGCUGCAGCUCUCAUGUCAUUCUCUCCAGAGUAUGGAGCAGUUGAAACCCCUACAGGGGAGAACUCCCAUUUGAUUUUCAGGAAUCCCUAUGUUCCGAAGUCCCGAGAAGUGGAGACUGCGAAUUCAAGCUCAAACAGUUAUGUUUACUCAGCGACCCCACCUUUGUCGCCUUGCUUUGAUGCAUGUCAGGAGAAGUCCGGGGUGACUGUAAACCUCAAAGCAGGUACCGCAAGGCAUGAUACAGGCUCCAUUCUUCAAUCAAAGAAAUACUACACUCACAUUGAAAGUGGGAAAGGAAAAACGAUGAUAAGUUGUCUGGUUUUGUACGUAGUUGCACUACGCGUGAGACUCAAGUAGCACAGUCUCCGUUUUCUGGUUUCAAUUCGAAAAAUUCUGUUAAGGUAUCCACGAUAAAACUGAUAAAGCCAAUGAAGGGCUACUAAAAGCAGGCAGCUCCGGUCAAUCAAUCAAAACUGUGCUUGCAACAGAAGUUGAAUGCCUUAUGUGCCAGGCAUUUAUG